UCCGGAGCCAGGGAAGAGGCAGAAGCUGUGGUGUGAAAAUGAAUUUGGAGGAAGGCCUGCCACCUGAUAUCAACAAUCAAGAUAAACGACAAAUGAAAGAAAAGCUGGAAGUCAUGGACAACUUACCAGGAUCACCAUGCAGACCAUACCAAUUUGGUUAUUACCAUGACACCCAUAGAUACAUAGAGAACUACAUUCUUAAUGUCACAGAGUCUGGUCCCUUAGACUUAAUUGAACCCUGUCACGAGUUCAAGGCUUUUGUCAAUGUAACAGAUGAAACUAGAAUGGGCAAGUUCAGUUAUGAGGUUAUUCGCUUUGCUUCUGCCUGCAUGAAUAGCCGCACCAAUGGUACCAUCCACUUUGGAAUAGGGGACAAUCCAGACUUCAUCCAUGGCCAAGUCCUUGGAGUGGUGGUAAAAGACAAAGAGGCUUUUAUACAUAAACUUAAAAAAGCCAUUGAUUAUUGUUUUGAGCUUAGAUACAAACAGGAUGCUCAAAGUUGCAUCAGAACUCCCCGAUUUGUUGAGGUUCUCAACAAGAAUCAGACAUCGUCAUACAAAUGUGUAAUUGAAGUGGACAUUGUUCCUGAAUCUCUUAUCUGUGAGGAAAACUUUUACUGCGUUGUAAAUUUGGAUGAACUAAUAGACAAAAAAAAAGGUAAAGAAAGAGUCCCUAAAACAAAAUCAAGGAAAUUGUUUGUCAGAGAUGGCGGCAGCAGCCGAAAUCUCCUUUCAAAAGUCACAUCUGACACACCAAUGGUAGUGUACGACAAGUUCAAUGCCGGGAGGUCCAAACUGUUUGAUCGCCGAAAACAAGCCGAACUUAAAGUGAUAAAAAGCAGCACUCAGGGAUCUAGACUAAGUUACAUGAUCACUGGUGGAUCUCUCUCUUUAGACAAGUCGCAGGUAUUGUAUUUUAAAAAGUAUUUAAUAGUAGCAAACAAGUCACAUCCAAUGCAGCUUAAAUCACUUGGAUUUCUGACUGAGCUCAAUCCAACAGCUGUUUUAGACUUUGACCCAGAAUCGGCCACAAAUGGUUUACAGAGGCACUUAGCAAAGCAGAGUACUGUAUUUGUUAAUUUACCUGUAAGGUACAAAGUUAAAAAAAAAGGAGUCCAGGACAUUGCUGAAGACUUGAAAUUAACACAAGGAACCAGCUGGGUGUUCUGCAAUGGAGGUAUUGAAGACGAGAGUCCGUCAGACAUAGACCAGUGGUUUGAGGAAAAGGGAGCAUCUGUUCUGGACGUGGUCUCCUUCUUGUGCCGUACAGAUGUGCUUCCAAACAAGAGAUUCCUUGUUGUUUUCUUAAUUCUGUCAACAGUGAGUGAUCAGAUGGACCCACUUGUUGAGACCUUUGUUAAAUUCUACAAUGAGCUUAAAGGCAAAGAGCAAAUCCUUUGUUUAUGUGAAAAUGAAAAAGCAUUUACCUCCUGGAGAGACUUAAUUGAGGCUCGGUGUAAAAUCGACAUCUCUGAUAGAUGCAUAUAUGAGCUGAGUUUUCCUGAGAUCAAUGGCACUGUCCUCAGUCUUUUCUCUGAAAACCGUAGAUCCAGACGUUUCCUGCCCUGUGGUGGGGGAAGCAGUGUGCUAUUAGGGAGUGAAGUGGAGCAUAGUCUGAAUACCUUGGAGGUUCUGUGUGUGAACCAGUGUGAGGGAGGAAAUGAGGACAAACUUCAAACAGAGGAGAACUUUUACAAUGGGGGAAAAGUAUCAUGGUCGAAUUUGUACUUCUUAGAAAAAUAUGGAUCCAAAUCGUUCAUUAAACGGGAAAGGUUUGACUACAUUAUCAAGACAGUCAUACCAGAAUUGUGCUCCCAGACGAAAGCCUGCGAGUUGUUCCACCUCAUGCAUGUACCUGGAUGUGGUGGGACGACUUUGGCCAUGCAUACUUUGUGGGAUCUCCGUCACAGUUUCCGUUGUGCUGUCCUCAAAAAUUGCAGUGCUGAUUUUGUUAAAGUAGCUGAACAAGUAGUCAAACUUUUGAUGUAUGAUCACAAGGACCAACUCCCACGGGUCCCUGUUUUGCUAAUGCUAGAUGACUUUGACGACAAGGAAAAAGUCUUUGAACUCCAGCAGCUCAUUGAAAAAGAAUGUGCAAAUAAAGACAUCCGGUCCAAGACUGCACAGGUCAUUCUCCUGAACUGUAUGAGGUCUGAGUCCCCUGUACCAACUGCACAAUCUGGAAACACAGUUUUCCUCGGCAAUAAUCUCUCUGAUAAUGAACAGAGACUGUUUGAGGCAAAACUGAUUGAAGUAGAAAAAAAACGCAAGAAUGUUGAAACAUUCUAUGACUUCAUGUUCUUGAAGAAAAACUUAAAGUCAGAGUAUGUUGAAGGUGUGGCCCGCAACACCUUGAAGAACUUUGAUGUGAAUCAGAAACAUGCACAGCUCCUGGCUGUUUUGGCUCUGCUCGGUGUUUCUCGCAAGGGUUCCUCUCUCCCCAUCUCUCUCUGUGAAGAAUUUCUAGAUCUUAAACCCAAACCAGUUUGUGGCUCUGUCGAGGUUGAAGAAGGAUUUGAAAAAUUUUCCCCUCUGAUUGCCAGGUGUUCAGUUCACUAUUUGAAAAUAAUUCACCCAAGAUUAGCCCGGUACUGUCUACAGGAACUCACAAAAACACACAAUGUGAGCAUGGCUGAAAUACCUAACUUCCUACCGACCACAAACGCACUCUAUGAGAGCACUGAAGGCGUAGACAAACUCCUAAAAGAUGUUCGCCAGAUUUUGAUGAAGAGAUGUCAUUCUCUAGAGGAGGAAUCUCAGUCUUUUUCAUGAAUUCACGAUAUUAAGCACUGGCUGAAGAAUGGCUUCACAAACUUCAAGAAAAAGCUUAGUAGCAUAUAAGUUCAUUGUAAAAACUCAAGUAAAAAAAAUUAAAAUACAAUACAAUACAAUACAAAAAAAAAAUACAAUUU